AUGCAUGGCAAACUCACGCCAUGGGCCCUCGGCAAACUUCCAGUCAAUAUCCCGGAUCCAGCCUCGCGAGGCAUUUCUCUGCUACAGGUGCAGGAACUCUCGGAGUUCAUCCAAAGGUUAUGCAAGACCGGCCUCUUACAGCAUCGGGACAACGAGUCCGACUGGUUACACUGGGAGGACAUCCUCAUGGAAGAUAUGGCUUCAUAUAUCCUGAAGCCUGCCAUACGAUACCUCGCAGCGGACAUCAGCAAAGAUGUUGCAACCAAUGACUUGCCACCUGAAUAUGCCUGGAGCUGGGUAGAGAUCGUGGCGUACGGACCACAAGAUCCCAAAGUUUUUGUGUCUUUCAGUUUGCACAGCGGGUUUCGUGACUUCAUGGGCAGCGUACAUCAUCUGGCUGAUGACCAGGGCAUGACAAUCCGAGACAACAUGUGGAUCGGAAUGUUUGCUCGGGAGGAGAGUGCGCCAGCCCACGUCUUCGAUUUGCUAAACUCCCCUGUCUUCAGUGCAUUCGGCAAGUCCGAGGCAACAGCCCUGUUUCUGGACGAGCAUGCCAGCAUCUUGGAGAGAAGUUGGUGUAUUUUCGAGAUGGCUAUCAUCACCGACACGGCAACAAGUCGCAGGCGAUGGAAGCUUCGUGAAGAACUCGCAAGAGAGGAGGGGUGUAGCAUCUUCAAUGUCAAUGAGGAGAAGGUGUUGCAAGUUGAGAAGGAGCGUUUUGUGGAAUACAGAGCGCCAAGUUCGGACGACAUCUUCCAAUCCGAAAACUGUCGUUUAGAUUGGCAGGUAAGGUCUGAGCUGGCCGGAGGUGGUGAUCCAUUCUCCGUUCCUUGGGAAGAGGUGCGGGAAAGGAUUCGGUUGAUGAGACAAGGAGGAGGUAUUGAAACCAAGCCCCUGCUGCUCUGCACUCCCGACGGCUUGGUCGGCACCAGGCGUGCAACCUCAGUUCCUGUUCUACACGCCCUUCUACACUCCUUCUGCUGCAGCAAAACGGAUGCCGCUAGCAAGGCUGAACGACGGCUAGUCAUGAAUUACAUUGCAAACUGCUACUGUGAAGAUGACAGAAGCAGUGCUAAUUUGCUGGAUGGAAUUCGCACUGACGGCGACGUCUACGAACUGGAGAAUUUGGAGACUGUGUCUGAAGCACGGCGACUGGACGGCUCUCCCGAGUACCAGCAUGAGCACAGUCUUGUCGCCAGCAAUGAGCACACCGCCGUGAAGUUCAAGAUCCUUGACCACAGCAUUCGACAGGAAUGCAGAAAAGCUCUGGAAGCCCGUGGAGUCAAGGAGAGCUUCGACAACUGGAACAACUUCUUCGACUUGAAAAGAGUUUGCAACGUCAUGCCACCUGAGCAUCGUGCGCUCACUUUGUCACAGCUUCGGAUUCUUGCCAACAUGCUUCGUAGGCGGCUGGUGGAGUUUGGAGGCUUGCCCGCGUGGUACAAAGCCAGCUCCAGAGACCUGUGGAACAAGGACAAGGAGCUUCACGUUCUACGUGACAUCCUUCCCGUCAACAGCUCCUUCUCGGAGUGCUUUCAAACACAGCGCCAGUUGCCCGACACCUACGUCAUAUGUCCUGAGGACGUGAAAUUGGUGGCCUUGUUCAGCGCGAUAGAGAGACAUGCAGAGGCACACCUUCUGCCGGAGAAGACGACCUACUACGUGGAUGCUUUGUGUAGAAGGCGUGGCGAGCUGGAGAAGUCAGCUAACGAGUCCGCAGAGAAGACACAGCGCCUCUUGUCAAACACUGGCAGAGGCGUUCUGCUCAUCCUGGACCAGCCGACAAGCCUUACCUGGCGGCACAAUGUUGCCAGUCUGUGGUGCUUGUACGAGCUGUUCUUUGCAGACAGACAGGGUCUUCUGUGGGACGUGGCUUGUGGAGAGGGUAUCGUGGCUAUGCGAGCUCCGCUAUCCACGAAACGAUGGGUUUUCGGCCAGUUCGACUCUGCGAUUGCCUGGAAUUUGUCAUCAAUCCGGGUGAAAGCAGAAGCUGCCAGAUGUACAGUAACAGAGGAGAAGGACAUCUUGUUGUCAAAGCUGAUGGAAUUCGGAAAGAAUUGCAUCACAGAGUUCGAGCAGAAGAUGACUGCCAAGGUCCCGGCCAGAAUGCUUGGGCCCGUGCUGCGAAAGGCGGCGUGCAUGAGGGACAACCAGGACUUCGAGCGCUUGCGUGACGCCUGUGACAUCAUGGCGAAGCUGCGAUGCAGCGGGGCGCACAUUAAUCUGGCCAGCCUCGAGGGCGGCUUCGGGGAAUCGGCAUUGCACAUUGCGGCAGCAGCUGCUGUGGAUGGCAGUGCUAGGUGUGCCAGAGCUGUCGAGAUGCUCGUGCGUAUGGGCAUUGACGUUAAUGCCCAAGACGAUGCCGGCGAGACGCCCCUGCACUGGGCUGCCAUGACAGGCCGAGCAUGGGCCACUGGAUUUCUCCUUCGGAACGGCUCGGAUCCGCUGCUCGCGAGUUGGUCCGGUUUCCGGCCCUUUGACGUCUGUUGUACAGGGCCAGCCGCAUUCCUGGGAGUGGAUUCGAAGAAGGUCUAUGAGAUUCUCAAAGGCUGGACACAGGCAACAGUCACUGCUGGUCACGCGGCCUUUGCCUUCGAUGACGAGGCCUCACAAGGGGUUGUAAGCAUGUCUUUACCGACUUCCGAAAUCGGGCAGAAGAUCUGCGUGCUCUGGAUACGUAGAGUGUGCAACAUCUCCUCCAGAGGAAUGAUACGUUCCGUUCUGAAUCCAUUUGUGGUGCAGUGGCAGACGGUGAACGACUUGGGUGAAACGAAGGCAAGGCCACCAGCAGCCAUGGGUUUCAAAUAUGUCUUCGUUCCAGCAUCGGCCAGUGAUGACAUGCAGGAGCUCGACUUCGAAAAAGAUGUUGCGACCUUGGAGGAGGACACCUUCCGCACCUUUGUCGAGAACUUCUUUGCUCGAGCUGGGGCUACCGCUGACCGUGGGGUGCUGUUGCAGCAGCUGAAAGAUCGCACGGGCGUAGACAUCCAGGAGAAGACAGACAAGGGCGAGAUGCCAAACGAGAUGCUGGACAAGCUCCUCUCUGCCAGCAGCGUCGAGAUCUUCCCAGUUCAGCUUCCAACGAAGGAGACCGGGUUCCACGCAGUUAGUGUGUACCUCGAUGACAAGGGUGUGGCCAAGAGCCUCGAGGAGAACGUGCGUGUCUCCGGCCUUGUGCAAGCGUGUGGAUACCCCGGGCAGACGUUCAGAGGGGACUGCUUUGUCGGAAGGGUGUUCGACGACACCCAGGAUGAGUGGAGGAGGAUGGACUUCACCCUCAAGGAUUGCAGCACCGAUGCUGAUUGGAUCCAGCAGACGAAGCUGCAGCGUGCCAACAGGAAGUCAGGUGACCUGCAGAACCUGGCAAACAGCAUUGGUGCCAAUAAUCCUGCUCAGAUUAAUCCCUCCAUGAUGGCAGAGUCUCCGAAGGGUGAGACUGCAGACUACUCUUGGAAGCAGUCAGAAGAUGAAGUCGAGGUCACCUUCAAGCAGGAAGGCUUGCAAAAAGGUGACAAGAAGUACGUAAAGGUGGCCUUUGGACGCAAACGGCUGAAGGUGUCAGUCAAGGACCAGGUCAUUAUCGACUCGCCCUUGGCCGGCAACACGACCGCAGAUGAGUGUACCUGGACCCUGAGCGAUGGAAUACUCCAAGUGACGUUGGUCAAGGAAGAUGGAGACACAUGGCCACGCUGUCAGUCGCUGGCGUAUGCAAAUCUUUGCAGCAUUGCGAAAACAAGGUCGGAGCUCCUGGCAGAAAGCUGA